UCGGGAUGCCAGCGUUUGAGCUCGAGCGGGUGGACGGAGGCGACCCCGUGGACGUGCCGAAGGGAAGCACUGUGCUCGGAAGAGGGCCUUACCUAGGCGUCAGUGAUAAAAGAGUGUCCAGAACCCAUGCGGUCCUGGAGAACUGGGAUGGCCAGCUGCGUCUCAAACCCACACACACCAAUCCCUGUUUUAUUCAGGCAUCUCUGGAGGCACUCCCCCAGCCACUGGAGAAGGACCAGUGGCAUUGUCUGAGGGAGGGAUCCACCUUCUCCCUUCUUCCUGGGAAAUAUAUCUACAAAGUGCAUGUUGUAUCGGAGGAGGGCACACCCAGGAACAGCCAGGGUUAUGAGGAGGAGGCAGAACAGGAGCCACCUCAGCCUCCCCGGCUGUGUGAGGAGACGCUGGCGUACACUCCCCAGGCCAAGAGCGCGCCGUCUCGCUCACCAACAUCCACCCUGACGGCCCACUGUAAGGAGAGCAGGACAUGCCUGUCCAGCCCUCCCUCCUACAGCCAGGUGGCUGGCAAAGCUUCCGUCUCCAGGACGGCAGAGGCGUCCACCCCUUGCACUCCUCAGAGGAAGCGAAUUCUGCCCGCCUGGAUGACGGCUGCCACGUCUGCAGCCCCGAGCCCGUCGCUGGCGAAAGCAGCAACUAAGCGAGCCCCGGCUGGAUCCGCUCCAAACCCAACCCGGACUAAACAUGCUACAGGACCCAAACAAGCCCGGGCCAGGCUGCCUUUAUCAAGUGAGGAGGAGGAGGGUGAGGAAGAGCAGAGCGAGGUGGUUCGGAUGCCCAGAAAGAGAGCAAGGAGGCUCAGGAGUGACCCUGAUGAAACCCAGGACCAGGCUCGCGUGCCUCGGAUGAGCCAGGAGUCUCCUGGGGUCAGGGAAGAGGCGGCCGUGGCUAACACUGAAGAGAGAGAGGAAGAGGAAGUGAAAGGGCGAGUAGGGAAGAGAACACAAGUCCCUCCAAGGUCUAGGGCCAGAGACUCACCCACUGCAGUGGAAGAUUCCAGAAACCCGCAGGCGAAUGAGCAACCCUCUCAGAAUAGACGACAGAGGUCGAAGGUCACGGAGUCUGGAGACAGCACCGAGUCCAAAGCUCAGCAGCGGACACGAUGUCCUUAUGGCACCUCCUGCUACAGAAAAAACCCCGUCCACUUCAUGGAAUGUAGUCACCCAGGAGACGAUGACUAUGAGGAAGAGUGGGGUCAUGAGGACGGUGGUGACGGAGAUGACAGCAGACCUGAAUGCCCCUAUGGCACUGACUGCUACAGGAAGAACCAUUUACACAAAAAAGAGUACAAGCACACUAAACCUCCAGAGACGAUGUCUGUGCCAGGUGGUGAUGAAGAUGACGGUCAUGAUGAAGACCAAUAUGAGGACGGCUUCAUUAAUGACGAAAGCGAGGAAGAGGUGGGCUCUGACUCCGACUACGUGCCCGAAUCAGGAGACCGUGGGAACGAGGACGUUAAACAGCUGCAGAAGGAGGCUAAAGCCUUUCUGAGGAGAAAAAAGAAUUGACUAAUCUCAAGUGUGGAGAUGAGUCCAGACCUGUAGCUCUUUCCCCAGCACAGUUAAGCUCCAACCCCACUCCCGGACUGACUGAUCGAUCAACUGGUUAUCUACUCCCCAGCAGAAUUUAUUUACAAUCACAUUACUCGAUCAUCAGAUUGAUCAAUUGGUUUUCCAGUUGAAUUCACUUCUAGUCUUAGACCUGGUCAGCAGAGGUUAGUUACAAGCCAGUCUAGCGCACACCAUAAAUAUGACACUGACUAUCAUGAUUUAGUCAGACUGUGUUAACACUCUGAGGAGCAGCUCUUCAUCAGCAGGUUGGGCACAGCUGGCCUAUAACCAUGAAACAUCUUCGGGCAAAAAUGUUGAUCUUUGACACGCCGACUCUCCAUGAUGAACAAACUGCAGGGUGGUUUAUGUGGUUUCAUGUCCCAAGACGAGCUAAAUUGAAUGUACUGGACAGAGGUUUCCAGAAAGAGCAGUUCUGUGACCCAUAACUAAUACACUAAAAUUCAUUUUAAAGUUGAAAUGAACUGAUAUUGGAAGAUAUCAGGUUUUUUUUAACCAUUGUACAGU